AUGGGCUGACGCGGAAAUCUGAAUGUCCAGCUGGUUAGAAGGCGGCAUGGAAAUUUCUGAAAAUGACAAUCUAUAUGUCUUUAUAAUAAACGUGUAAUAAUUUCGGACACUAGAUGUUGAUGCAGGGGAUCUUAACUGGGUGGAGACAACCUAGAAAACAGUGUUUUUUUAUUGGACAACCUUUGAGCUAGACAAGAAAGCAUGUUACGAUCAUAUAGUAUUUUUCGCUUGAGUGUUGUUAUUUUGUUUCUAGCACUUGGAUCUUUGCAUGCCAAGGACUUUAAGUCAUUAUGUUCAACAUGCAGACAAUUAGUCGACAAUUUUGACAAGGGUCUGGAUAAAACGGCAAAGCAAAAUUUUGGUGGUGGAAACACAGAAUGGGAAGAGCGAAAACUCUCCAAAUAUGUGUUGAGUGAGAUUAGGUUGACGGAGAUACUGGAGAGUUUGUGUGACAGCAGCAGUUUUGAGUGUAACCACAUGUUGGAAGAAAAUGAAGAACACUUUGAGACAUGGUGGUUCAAGAGGAAAACAAAACACCCCGAUCUAUUCAAAUGGUUUUGUAUAGAGACCAUUAAAAUGUGCUGCCCAAAAGGCUUAUUUGGUCCUGACUGCAACACUUGCAUUGGAGGUGCUGACAAACCAUGCCAUGGUAACGGCAAAUGUGAUGGAGAUGGAACAAGGGCUGGAAAUGGAAAGUGCAGUUGUGAUAAGGGAUAUAAAGGGGAGUUAUGUCUGGACUGCAGUGAUGGUUAUUUUAGUGCACUGAGGAAUGAUACAUUCUCCUUGUGCAAAGAGUGUCAUGAGUCUUGUGUUGACUGCAUCGGAGGAACCAAUCACGAUUGUAAAGAAUGUAGGAAUGGCUGGGAGAAAGACCAAGAAGGAGCAUGCAUUGACAUCAAUGAAUGCACCAAAGAUCCAGCUCAAUGCAAAGAUAACCAAUACUGCCUAAACACGGAUGGAUCUUUCUUCUGUAAAGAAUGUGAUAUAAGAUGCUCUGGUUGUAAAGGACCUGGAUCAAGUAACUGUCUCACUUGUGCUGAUGGCUAUAAGGAUGAAGAAGGCACAUGUACAGACACUAAUGAAUGCACUGAAGAUCCAGAUCUGUGCAAAGAAAACCAAUACUGCCUAAAUACAGAUGGUUCUUUCAUAUGUAAAGAAUGCAAUACCGGAUGCUUUGGUUGCAAAGGACCUGGUGCCAACAACUGCUUGAACUGUGCUGAUGGUUAUAAGGAUGAAGAAGGCACUUGCACAGAAGAGAAUAAGGAAGUGCCUGACUUUGAUUCUGAAGGUUCGCAAACUGGUGACUCACCCAAAAAACAUGAGGACCUCUGAAGUCAUAAUGCUUGAAUGCAGAAAACACCCUCCAGGACACAAUAUUUGCCUAUGGACCACUAGUGUCUGCAGUGUUUAAAUACGGGUUGUUCUUCUGGAAUAAUCAAGAGUUAAAGGCACUUGCAGCAAAUACUUAAACAGCACUAUUUAAUUUGUGGAACAUGUUUUUGCAGUAGACGUGGUCAGCACCACAUUCCCUGUGAGCAAGAUUUACUUAAGAUACAUUAACUGCUGGUUUUUUUUUUUUUUUUUGUACUUGUAUGCCCCCUCUCAAUUUUUGUUGACUUGUUAAUUAAAAUGUUUUUAAAAAUUCAAUCAACUGUUUGUUUGUUUGUUUGUUUUUUUUAAGUUUAGAAACUGUUUGGAUAAUUUUGCUGUAGCUGAAAGAGUCAAAACCACAAAUAUAAUUAAGCUGUUUCUUUGACAACUUUAGUUCUCCAAUGCAAGGUCUAUCCUCUUUCCUACACACAAUGUCAUUUGUAUGGCAUAGAUUAUGGGAGAACCUUCCAUUUAAAUAUGAUUAUCAACAACUGCCAAUUAGUCAUAAUGAAACAGUAGUAAAUCUUUUCUUUUGUAUUGUGUACAUUUGAGUGCAAACAUUCUGGCCAGUCCACACCUGUGUUUAUUAAUUUGUUCGUUCAUUCAUUCUAUACUUUGUUAUAUGGAGUAAUACAUGUUUUGUUAUAUUUUGUGCAACCACGUAUAUCAUGCUAUCCUAAAAAAGUAAAAAUAAAAAAUACAAGCCUUGA